UGAAUUUUAAAGAGUCAAAUUGGAAAAUGAGUGUAAAGAGUACUCCAAAAGCGGAUAAAGCUUCAGCUGGAGAUCAAAAUGGUGAUUCCUCAAUCACCUCUCCUCCUCGGGCUAACCACUCUGCUGAAAUCAGCGAGCUUAAAAGAAUAGUUAAGGAAUUGCAGAAAAGACAGGAUGAAGAAGUCUCUCUGCUUAAGAAGAAUCUUGAACAAGCCAAUGAUAGCCUUGAAAAAUCCAAUUCAGAAUUAGAGAAAAUACGUCAGGUUAAUACUACUUGAGAAGAUACCAAGUAUGAAGAAACUAAAAGUGAAAAGCACCAAAGCUCUCAAAACUCCCUUUGAGAGGAUAGCGAAGAAGAGGUCGAAACUAGCCUAGAUAACCAGUCUAUAGAUGAAGAACAAUGUACUGAAGAGGCAGAGUUUUCAAGGAAAUGGUUUGAGGUUAUGACAAAUGUACUCCCUCAACUUCCUCUUGUAAAUAAUACCACGCCAAAUAUUACUUUUAAAGAAUAUAUCAAGGACAAUUCUACCUUUGUCAGUGUAGCUCAGACUGCUUUUGACAUUGUUUACAAAUACACUGAGUCGGUAGUAGAAGAUAAGAUGAAAGACCUUCUUUCAGUACUUGGAAUCAAGAAAGAAUCUGAGACCUAUAACCACCUUCUCACUACACUAGAUCCAUUCUGGAGGCAGAAUUCUCAAUGUGUGUUUGACUGGAAAUACCAUAAGCUAAGCCUCCUUAGAUGGUACAUCCAUGAUUUCCAAAUUGCUUGUGAACGAAAUUUAAAAAUUAAAGUCAAAUUGAUUGAAGAAGAACAGUUUGCUAAUCUCAUCAGAAAAUUAUUUGAUCUGGCUGUAUCCAUGUGACUUCAUAAUCCAAAGAUCACUAUCAUAUUGGAUAGGUCUCUUUUUUCUAAGGAACCAACAGAUAGUUUAAAAUGUUUAAGAUUCAAAGAAAGAAAAUAUCACUCCCUUGAUGGAACACAGGAAAAGAAAUGCAUAGUUGUUAUGCCAGUUCCAUGAUAUGGAACGAAACCUCUUAAGUCUAUGAAGCCUUGCGUCAUAACCUAUGUCAAGCAAACCGUAGAAAAACAGAAUUUUAGAGAGUUAAGAGCUCUAUAUCCUAGUACCGAAGUAAUUCACAAUGUGAGAUCUCAAAUGCCUCAGAACACAAUUGAGACAGAGAUUUUUCCGACUCUAAAUCAAGAUUUUGGCAUCCCGAAAGGAUUUAAAACACCUGUAGAUGAGAAGCAGAAGGCUUCUCCAGUUUAUGGGUAUUUUCCUCAGGAGCCAUCUAAGCUUGAAAUAAAGGAGAAUAUUCCUUACAACAAUGUUUUACGUAACAGCUAUAUUCAUGAUUCAUCAGUAAAACGUUUAAGUACUGAGCAAAGAUCACAUUCAGAUAUUGGAGGCACCAAGAGCAGAAGUAGCAGCCUGAGAAGACCGUACUCAGGGAAUUAUAAAUACCAAGGAUACCCAAGCCCAAGUGAAAAGAGUUAUGGAGAUCAGAAGUUGAAAAGGAGGAAAUUAUUUUCUUAUUUGGAUAUAUAAUUCAAUUA